GUUGAUGUGGAUGACUGUGCAUCAGGUCCCUGUUAUAACAGUGGAACAUGUAUAGAUGGAGUCAACAGUUAUACCUGUACCUGCCCUCAUGGAUUUACAGGGGCCAGAUGUGACAGUCUACUGGAUCUUUGUUCUUCAUCACCGUGUCACAACUCGGGCACCUGUGUCAGUCUUUUAGGCAACUACAGUUGUAGUUGUAAGUGGGGAUGGACUGGACUUAACUGUGAAAAUGGAGUGGAUGAUUGCCUGAGUAUGCCUUGUCAUAAUGGUGGGACCUGCCAGGACAAGCACCUUGGUUAUGACUGCACCUGUACACAUGACUUCACUGGUCCUCAGUGUGAUGUAGCGGUAGAUCCUUGUGACUCAUUGGCCUGUGAGAAUGGAGGAAGCUGUGUAAUUGAAGGGAACCAGAUUAUGUGUGUGUGUCCACCAAUGUACAAAGGCGAGGUCUGUGGCGACAAGUUAGACACAUGUGAGGUCAAGAAUCCCUGUCAGAAUGGCGCCACCUGCUCCUCUCACGGAUGUCAAUGUCAGCCCCUCUAUACAGGAAAACACUGUGAUAAAUUGAUGACCAAAGACUUUGACCUGGUGUUCCCUGGUCAGCCUGGCUCUAUAGUCCAGUCCCCAGUGGUGUCUCCACAACAAACCUCCCAACUGUCACUGUGUCUCUGGGUACACUUCAGGAACAAGACUGCUAACAUGACAUUCCUCUCUAUACACAGUGACGAUGGGUUGGAGUUACUGGCAAUGUUAGGUGAUAAACUGGUGCUCUCAUUCUCCUCACCACUUACAAUCAACUGGAUGGUCAAUGACAAGCUGUGGCACCAUGUCGCCUUUACCUGGACGGAUUCAGGCCACUGGUCCGUGUAUGUGGAUGGCCAAAUCAUCAAUGAGGGAACUUCAUACAGUCAACAAAUGGCCAUGCCAAAUAGAUACCAGUACAGUAUUUGA